AUGGAUCAGGAGGAGCUUGGGCAAGCGCAGCAGUUGUUGAGAUGCGCCCGUCGCAUGGUGGGGCCAGCUGCUUCCCUUCAACUGCAUCGAAUGCCUGUGGCCAAUGCACCAGUGGUGGCAACCUCCAGUUGUGCACAGGUGCUGAAGUUUUUCGUGGCGCAGCCGAAUCAUCACAUCCUCAAGUUGAUAUUGGACUCGACACAGGAACACUUGAGCAGCGCCAGAGACGGCGGUUGGCUCUUUCUCCAGCUGGCCUUGGGCAUCUUCUUGGCGCUACGAGGUCGCGGGCCGGUGGCCUUGGAAGGAGUUGCACUUUCUGCUCAGCAUCUGGAUAUUGCGCUGCAAAAGUCGCGCAUCCCUUUCGAGCUUCAGCUUACCCAUGUUCUCGCACUGCUUCGAUCAGUCUUGUGCAAGCCCAUAGCAUUGUCGGAUCCCAAAGAUGUACAACACUUGUCGGUGGUUAUCCUGGAAGCAUUCCUGCAUGCUGUGCCAGGGAUGGAUCAGGGCAAGGGAUGGCCAGAAGUCCUUCGCUUCGAGUGGUUCUGUGGUCAUGACAUUGAGUGGAGCUGGACACAUCAUGGCUUGGUUUUAGACACGCCUGGCAGCAUCGGUGCCCGGCAGAGGGCGGAAACGUCGGGUGAUUUGCGGCUGGUCCUCUUCGAUGCAUCGUUGGAAGAGUGGUUGCGACCAGAAGCUGCAUGGGGCAUGGAGACAUAUACGGUGGAAACAUACCUUUCGCCUUCUACCCCAGUGGAUGCCUUGAGACGCUGGGAGAUCUCUCAAUUCAAGAAGUUGGCAGACAGUCUUUUGAAAAGUGGAGUGCAAGUGCUUUGUUGUCAGAAGUUGGUGGAUCCAUGGCUCAUGGACUAUCUAUCUUCCAAAGGUGUCACCAUACUUUGGCGUCUCUCCAUUCGACACAUUGAGUUCGUCAGGCAGCUCUCUGGAGCCACUCCUGUGACUUCCCUGGCAGCUCUUCCGGGCUGGCAAGAGGUCAUGGGCCGGGUCGCUUCGGUGGAGCUGAAGCGCAUUUGCCAGCGCGACUACGUGAUCCUCACGACUGCAGCAGGUGCCACGGCGAUCUCGACCAUGUUGGUAUCAGCUCCAGAUGAUCAUGCGCUUGAAGAGCUCAAGCAAUGCUUACCGCAAGCUGUACACUGUUUGUGGGAAACUGUACAAUCUGGCUUUGUCCUGCUUGGUGCUGGUUUGACAGAGCUUCAAGUUGCCGCAGAGCUGGAUCGUUUGGCUUCGAUGCACUUGCUCGAGAGAUGCGGAACCGCUGUAGCUCUGAGAGAAAUUGCCUCGUGCUUCAAGGAUGCCGCUGCGAGCUUGACUCCUUCUGGACCUGAAUCUCAAUGUCCAAGCACAAGUGCAGCCGGCGCAGCUAUGAUGGAUGCAGCCAGCCGCGUGCUACAGCGGUGGAAAGAAGGCAGCCUUCCUGAUGGAAUGGUUUUCGAUGCAGAGCUGCCAAAGAGAAAAGCCAUCCUUGGCGCCAUGAACUUGGCAGGGAUUCUGCUUCGCAUUGGCCGCGCUUUGGAUUUUCGGACAACACCACUUGGCUAA